AUGGCUUUAACUCGCCAACUACACAAACAACAAGGUGGUAGUAGUGGUACAACUAGUUGGACUGCUAAUCAAAAUGCUCGACGUGAACAAGAAGCGGAUCGAACUUUACGUGAACGACAACUAGCCCAAGGUCGUAUUGAAACUGAAAUGCAAGAAUUUGAAGCAAAAGCUUCUACUAAACGAAAUAUACGUGAACAAGCACGUGUCGAACGUGAUCGAGCCAUGGAAGAAUCUAUUAUAAGAGCACAAACUGAGAAGAAAUCAGCUGCCGAAACACGAAGUCAAGAAGAACGUUUAGCUACGGAACUUGAACGUAUAAAACAUGAAAAAUUACGGGAUGAAAAAAUGCGACAACAAAUUCGUGAAACAAGCUAUGAAUUACGUGAAUUAGAAUCAAAAUUACGUGCUGCUUAUGUUCAAAAAGAACGCACUGCACAAAUGGCUGAAAAAGAAGCAUUGAAAUUUGAUUCAUUCUUAGAAGAUGCUGAAAUAGCGCGACGUAUGCGUAGUGAAACAGACAAGGCUGAACAAGAACGUCGUCAACGUGAAGUCCUUCGGCAACAAGAAAUGGUACGCUAUAAGCAAGAACUUGAACGACAACUUGAAGAACGUGAAAUUAGCAAACAAAAAGCUUAUGAAGAAUUUCUACGAGAAAAACUGGUUAUUGAUGAAAUUGUUAGAAAGAUUUAUGAAGAAGACCAACGUGAAAUGGAACGUAAAUUGGAACGACAACGUGCUACACGCGAAUUUAUCGUUGAAUUUAAACGUAAACGUGAAGAAUGGAAAGCUAUGGAACGUCAUCGUAUGGAAGAAGAAAAUGUUCGUAUCAAAGAAUAUGCUAAGACUCAAGAACAACGAGAAGAAGUAGCGAAAGCUGAAAAACGUGCACGCGAGCAAGCAUUAGAUAAAGUUCAACGUGCAUUAGCCGAUCAAAUAAAACGUGAUCGCGAAGAACGCGAAGAACAAGAAUUAGUUCGACAAGAAUUAUAUUUGGAGGAACAAGAGCAAGCUGUACGAAGACGCGAACGCGAUGAAAUGGAAGCACGUAUACGACAACGUCUUGAAUUGCAACGUGAACGAGAUGAACAAGUACAAUUUAAACGUUUACGCGAUGAAGAAGUUAAACAAGAAGAAGACAGAUUUCGACAACAAUUAAUGGUAAAAUUUGCUGAAGAUGAUCGUAUUGAACAAAUGAAUGCUCAGAAACGUCGUAUGAAACAAGUAGAACAUAAACGAGCUGUUGAUGGUUUACUUGAAGAACGUCGUCGUCAAAUGACAGUUGACAAACAACGUGAAGUUAAUGAACGUGUUGAAGCUGAACGUAUUGAACAAGUUCGUAAGGAAAUUAUCGAAGAAGAACGUAUUAAAUUACUUCGUGAACAUGCUCAUCGUUUAUUGGGAUACUUACCAAAAGGUGUUAUUCGAGAUGAAAAAGAUCUUGAUUAUCUUGGUAAUGAUUUUAAAAAUGAAUUCAAACGACGACAAACUAAUAUAAAAAGUUCAGAUGGAUGGGACAAUAAAUGA